UUGUACAUCCUUCCUAUUUUUAGUUUAAUAAAUGUGGUCGUUUUAAUAAAUAUUUUAAAAUAAAGUGGGUUUUUAAUUAUUUUGUCUUGUUCAUUAUGGAGGUCCAGUGGCCUAAUACUACUAAAAGACGCUUCUUUCAAUAUUGUGCUAGAAAGAAAAAUAAAGAAACAAAAACAUGUUCAAUGUUAGAAAAUAAUUAUCCAGUUGAUGAAAUAUGUGGAUUUAAUGUUCAUUGCCUUAAAUACUUUGAUGAGAAUCAUGGCGUGCCCCGAAAACACCAGCAACACAAGUAUGAAACAAGAAUGUCUCAAUUUGAACCGCUUUGCCACUAAGUUUCAAUAAAUUUACUGCGUAAUAUACAUUUUAAUUUUCUUUUAUUUUAAUUAACUGCGAAAUUUUCACCAGAAAAUCUUGCGUAACAAAAGGACAAAUUCCAUAUCAAAUAAUUGUUGAUAUCGCUUUUUUUUAAUUUCGUUUAUAAAUUUUUAUCUUUUUAAAAAUUCACAAUGUAAAAAUGUGUGCAUAAAACUAAGCCUAGUCACAUAAAAAUCAGUCCAAUUUGAGUUGGUCAGUCUUAUAAUUUAUAAAUCUUUCUCAAAAAUUAAAUUAAAAAACAAGAUAGAAAAGACAAUUAAAAUUUGUAUUUAAUUCGCGGCAUACAAUUUUUUGGUGUUUUGAAUCAUUUUGUAAUGUAAUUAAUGAUAAAAUAUAAAAGGGCAAUAAAUAAAAAAGUAAAUUAUUCAAAUAAUUGAUAAGAAAAUUAGCUGCCAUUAGCAUUUGUGUUGCUUUCAUAUAACGAAAGGAAGCGCACCGUCCCCCACAUGUAACUCUGUCAUAAUUGAUAAUAACCAACGCAAACAAAGUUCAAGGGCAGGCAUCGAGCGCUCCCACAGCAGAGUAUGAGCUUUAAUUUAUAUUCGCAGCAGCAUUAUAUUCAUGGUCAGUGUACGGUAUAGAAGCCGCAGAGAAUGGCAGAGGAGAUGAGAACGCUCGUGGCCCAAGAGGACGUUGCGGCCGUCGCAAAGUGCAUCCACGGGCCUGACGCGGAACUGCUUGAAUAUGAAGUGGAAAAGGGGACGGCGACUGUGCAGGGAUUUUUGUCCCAAAUUCUCCGGGUGGUCAUCAAGGUGCAGGUUGGUGAGCAAAAUUUCACCUCAAAAUUUGUUGCCAAGCGACCGCCCAAUUUAGAAAGCCAGAUGAAAAUGGUUAACGAAUUUGGAGUUUUCAAGCACGAAAUUGGCAUUUUCGAACGAUGUGCGCCGAUUUUGUGGAAGACCUGCGCUGACCUUCCGAUGGUCAGAUGCUACCUGACGAAGGAAAAUUUGAUAUACAUGGAGGAUUUGAAAGAAAAAGGUUUCGUCGCUCUGAUCCAAUCUGUGGUUGAUUUGAGAGAAGACGUGCUCACAAUAGAACACAUAAAAAUGGGAAUAAGGACACUAGCGAAAUUCCACGCUGCGUCUGUGGGUGUAAAUUGGCUCGAAGAGUUUCCUGAUAUUUUCACUGAAGAUGUAAUGUUUGAAAAAAGUGAUAUUAUGAAAAAUGUAAUAAAGCAAUGUGUCAAGAAAAUUGUCGUUCCCAUUACCAAGCAUCAUUUCAAUGAUGAGAAAUUCGUUAAAAGCUCAGAGUGGCUCGCGUCCGAAGAAUACCUCAAAAUUGUAACAGAAAUCUGCAAACCCCACCCGAAGUUUUUAAACGUCCUCUGUCAUGGAGACAGUUGGGCCAACAACAUGAUGUUCAAAUUCGACCCUGAAACAGGAAAUCCACUCGAAAUAAAGCUGAUAGAUUUUCAAAUCAGUCGUUACGCACCUGGCAACCGAGAUCUGAUGUAUUUCAUUUAUGUUUGCUGCACCCCAGAUUUCAGAAAAAACUACGAAAAAGAAUUGCUCAAUACGUACUGGAGUUUUUUCACAGAAGAAUGCUCUCGGCAACAUUUUGAAUUGACGCAUACAUGGGAGCAGUUUUGCGACGAUUUUGAUAGCAUUCGACCUUUUGGCCUGAUGAUGUCGGCGAUAAUGCGACCUGGCAUCUUUAUGGACGGCGCCUUUCCUGAGGGCGAAGAGGAACUCACAGAUGAACAGUUUCAAACCAUGAUGGACGGUGGCAGCGGCGAGGAACAGGCCAUCAUGACGUUUAAAAAUAAUCCAAAAUUUCGCGCUGAAAUGAUCAGUGCAAUAGAAGAGGUAGCGGAAUUAUAAUAUAGGUGUUACAAUAAUUCAAAGAUGUAAUUUUUGUGUGUUUUGAAUCUUAAAACUGACAAUAAUAUACAUAAUUAUUGACUUGUAAAUUAUUGAAAGUGUUAUUAAAAAAACUCAAGAUAUUUAAUAUCUCACCAUUAAUAUGAUCAAAUAUAACAUAUACAACGUAAAAUAAUUGUUUAAAAGCAUCUCAAAUAUUUCUGCUCUAAAUGAAGAAAAUAAUGCUAAGAAACAUCAUAAA